AUGGCGUUUCUGCGAUGGUACUAUUUCUGUGCACUGUUGGUGGGCUUUGAGUUGGGUCUAGCAAAUGGUCAAUACUAUAGACAAGUCGGCAGUAAGAAGUUGCCUUAUCAAACAUUCACCGUCGAUCAGUCUGGUCAUGCCAACUUCUCCACCGUUCAAUCGGCUGUAAAUGCUGUUCCUUCCAACAACAAGUAUUGGAUUUGUAUUAGGGUCAAGGCCGGCACCUAUAGAGAAAAGGUGAUAAUCCCUUAUGAUAAGCAAUAUAUAAUCCUAAAAGGAGAGGGAAUGAGAAAGACUUGGAUUGAAUGGGAUGAUCAUGACAACGUGGCACAAAGCCCUACUUUCACCUCUCAAGCAGAUAAUUUCGUUGCCAAAAGCAUCAGCUUUAGGAAUACAUACAACAAUCCCGAGAAUAAAAACCCAAGAGCGCCGGCGCCCGCGGCCAUGAUCAGCGGUGAUAAAUCUGCGUUCUAUCGAUGCGGGUUUUACGGGUUGCAAGACACUUUGUGGGAUGUUCAAGGCCGACAUUACUACAACAAAUGCACCGUGCAGGGUGCUAUUGAUUUUAUCUUCGGCGCUGGACAGUCUAUGUUUGAGAACUGUUCCAUAGCAUAUUUUGGAGAAGCUAUAGAGCCAGGUCUAUUGGGUUACAUCACAGCACAGGGAAGACUCGGUCCAUAUGAUUCAAACGGGUUUGUAUUCAAAGGCUGCAGUGUGCAUGGCUCUGGUUCAACCUACUUGGGAAGGCCAUGGAGAGCUUAUUCCAGGGUCAUAUUCUACAACUCUAAUUUUUCACACGUCGUAAACCCAACAGGAUGGGAUGCCUGGAGUUAUAUUGGCUCAGAGCAACAAUUAACGUAUGCAGAGCACGACUGCUUCGGAUCGGGGGCGGCAAACGCUUCCCAGCGUGUGGGUUGGUCAAAGAAGCUGAGCCAGGCUGAUUUGAAUCAGUUUACAAGCAUUACUUACAUUGACAAUGAAGGAUGGCUUAAUGAUCGACCUUUUUAA